AUGUCAGGUGUCCCUGAACACACAUUUACCCACUCACGAGGCCUAGAGGGCCUUCAUAUAUCCCAGACAAACGUCAUCAUCGGCCUCUAUGGAGUUCCUGGUUCCGGAAAGUCCGACUUAUUAAAUAAUUUGAAGCUGGAACUAGGGCGUGCUGGUGGCUUCAGAUUUUUUGAAGGCUCCGAAGUUAUUGCUUCUUUGGUCGCCGGCGGCCUUGACACAUUUGAAAAAAUGGAAGAGGUUGAAAGACUACACUGGCGCGCACAGGCUAUCAAAAAAAUCAAAGAACAAUGCUUGGAGAGUGGAGAAACCCCGGUGGUGACCGGCCACUUCAUGAUCUGGACCGAGGGCGAAGAUGAUGGUAUCCGCACCCAUACGCCGACUGACUUCAACAUUUUUACACACAUACUGUACUUGAACGUUGCCCCAGAAGAUCUCCUGAGGCGCUAUUUGACAGAAACCGAUAGGGGACAACCUUCCGUAUCAGUCGAGCACCUUUCUAGGUGGCAAAGCACAGAAAUUACCGAGCUGCGUCAACUCUGUCGGCGUCAUGGUAUUUACUAUUCGGUUCUGGCACCGGAUAAAUCUAUGGUGAAAAAGGUUGCCGAUUUCCUCAAAGACUUUCGCUAUCAUACGCCAGCAUACAAUCUCUUACAGGCACGAAAGGCACUAGAAGAGGCCAUCGCAUUGACUAGAAAAAGCUUCCGUGGGGCAUGGGUCAUCGACGCAGAUAGGACCCUGACCGCGGAGGAUAGCGGAGCCUUAUUCUGGAGCCUUGCAGAUGGACCAGAAUCAGACAGCGCACUGCAGGCUUUAUUUAGCAGUUCGUGGGCCUACUCAUACCAGUCAUUUCGCCAAGCCACUUUGCUCUAUGAGGAAAUAAAUGAGCAAACGUACGAUUGUCUCUGCCAGAAUGUGGCGUCAAGUAUCAAAAUGCACCCGGAAUUUUUGUGUCUUCUACGGCUAGCAGCAGACGCCCACGUGUUCCUAGCUGUGGUUACAUCCGGUCCACGUCUUGUUUGGGACAAGGUCAUGGAAAGAGAAGGGCUUGCCGGCGUUGUAACCGUGCUUGGUGGCGGCCGCCUUGUGGACGGAUACGUCCUGACUCCUGAAGUCAAGGGGAGCUUAUGUUCCCAGCUGCGAGGCGUUUACCACAUGCUCGUUGUGGCAUUUGCAGGCAGCCCAAUUGAAAUUCCGAUGUUGAAAAGGGCAAACCGGGCCAUAGUUGUCGCGGGUGUUGAAGGGCAGAGGAGCCGUUCCAUGGAUGGGGCACUUGCUGAGGCUAUUGUGGAUGGGUUGCAAGCCUGCCAAACGUUGCUGCCUCGUGGAGCUUCACCGCGACUAAGCACGACACAGUUACCGUUAGUAGACCUCACUGAUGCAAACUUUCUGGAAUCGCUUAUCCCUGGCGGACUUCAACCCGUUCAUAACAAGGUCACACAUACCACGAACAGGGCUGCCUCUAAGCUACUGAUGACCCAGAUGCGCGAUAAAAGCAUCUCCAGUGUUCAUCUUAGAGAGGCCCAUCGAGCCACCGGAAGAUACCUGGCAACAGAGUUACUGGGCGAUCCCGAUGUUGUCGGUCUCGAGGAGCAUCCGAUCCAACAUGUGCAAGGUCAUCAAAUAACCGGGUACCGGCUUUUUCACGAAAAGGAUACAUUGAUCGUGGCUAUAAUGCGCGCUGGUGAACCCAUGGCUUAUGGUGUCAGUGAUACCUUCCCUCUUUCUAUGUUUCUCCACGCGAAUCAUCCCAAUGAUAUUGAACCUGUUCAUGUCCAUGAGAAGACCACGGUAUUACUGGUCGACUCCGUCGUGAAUACCGGUCAGACCAUUCUGCAGUUUGUGCAGCACAUUCGUAAAAUUCAUGCUACAAUACAGAUAGUCGUGGUUGCUGGGGUCAUCCAAUCCAGGUGUGUCACCGGGGGUGAUGUUGCCCUGUCGCUGUCGCAAUACAAGAGACUCCAUAUUUGCGCACUUCGUCUGUCUGACAAUCAGUUCACCGGCAAGGGAGCCACGGAUACUGGAAAUCGUCUGUUUAAUACCACGCAACUUUAA